AUGGAGAACGCACACACCAAAGAGUCGCCCGACGUUCUGUCCUACUUUGGCGUCAGCGAAGACACGGGCCUCUCACCCGAGCAGUUCAAGAAGAACCUGGACAAGUAUGGCUACAAUGAGCUGCCGGCGGAGGAGGGUAAAACUAUCUGGGAGCUGGUUGUGGAGCAGUUUGAAGACCUUUUAGUCAGGAUCUUGCUGCUGGCCGCCUGCAUCUCCUUUGUGCUGGCUUGGUUCGAGGAAGGCGAGGAAACUGUCACCGCCUUUGUGGAGCCCUUUGUCAUCCUUCUCAUCCUCAUUGCCAAUGCUGUGGUCGGCGUGUGGCAGGAGCGCAACGCAGAGAGUGCCAUUGAGGCCCUGAAGGAGUAUGAGCCCGAGAUGGGGAAGGUUUACCGGGCGGACAGGAAGAGCGUGCAGAGGAUCAAAGCCAGGGAGAUCGUGCCCGGUGACGUGGUGGAGGUCUCUGUUGGUGACAAAGUACCAGCUGACAUCAGGAUCAUCUCGAUCAAAUCGACCACCCUGCGUGUUGACCAGUCCAUCCUUACGGGCGAGUCCGUCAGCGUGAUCAAACACACCGAUGCUGUCCCAGAUCUCCGGGCCGUCAACCAGGAUAAGAAGAACAUGCUGUUUUCUGGCACCAAUAUUGCUGCUGGCAAGGCCAUCGGCGUUGCCGUGGCAACCGGCGUCAGCACCGAGAUCGGCAAAAUCCGUGACCAGAUGGCCGCCACUGAACAGGAGAAGACCCCUCUGCAGCAGAAACUGGACGAGUUUGGAGAGCAGCUCUCCAAGGUCAUCUCUCUCAUCUGUGUGGCCGUCUGGAUGAUCAACAUUGGCCACUUCAAUGACCCCGUCCACGGAGGCUCCUGGAUCCGUGGAGCCGUCUACUAUUUCAAGAUUGCUGUGGCUCUGGCCGUGGCCGCCAUUCCUGAGGGCCUGCCGGCUGUCAUCACCACCUGUCUGGCCCUGGGCACACGCCGUAUGGCCAAAAAGAACGCCAUUGUCAGAAGCCUGCCCUCUGUGGAGACCCUGGGCUGUACCUCCGUUAUCUGCUCUGACAAGACCGGCACCCUCACCACCAACCAAAUGUGUGUCACCAAGAUGUUCAUUAUUGACAAAGUUGAGAGUGACAGUGUGACUCUGGGACAGUUUGACAUCUCCGGCUCGAAGUAUACUCCCGAAGGAGAAGUUACUAGGAACGGCAGCUUUGUGAAAUGCGGCCAGUAUGACGGGCUGGUGGAGGUGGCCACCAUCUGCGCCUUGUGUAAUGACUCCUCCCUGGACUACAACGAGUCCAAAGGCAUCUAUGAGAAAGUUGGUGAGGCCACUGAGACGGCUCUGAGCUGCUUGGUGGAGAAGAUGAACGUGUUCAACACUGAUGUGCGGGGCCUGUCUAAAGUGGAGAGGGCUAAUGCCUGCUGCACUGUGAUAAAGCAGCUGAUGAGAAAGGAGUUCACCCUGGAGUUCUCCAGAGACCGCAAGUCCAUGUCAGUGUACUGCUCCCCGGCCAAGUCCUCCAAAGCCCCAGUGGGGAACAAGAUGUUUGUCAAAGGCGCUCCAGAGGGCGUGAUUGACCGUUGCUCCUACGUGCGGGUGGGCACCACUCGUGUACCCCUGACUGGCCCGGUCAAGGACCGCAUCAUGACGGUGAUCAAGGAGUGGGGCACAGGGCGCGACACCCUUCGCUGUCUGGCACUGGCUACCUGUGACACACCCCUGAGGAAGGAGGAGAUGAACCUGGAGGACUCCACCAAGUUCGCAGACUACGAGACGGACCUUACCUUCGUGGGCUGCGUGGGCAUGCUUGAUCCCCCCCGUAAGGAAGUUAUGAGCUCCAUUGAAUUGUGCAGGGCUGCCGGCAUCCGUGUGAUUAUGAUCACUGGUGACAACAAGGGUACAGCAGUGGCCAUCUGCCGCCGCAUCGGCAUCUUCUCCGAGGACGAGGACGUCACUAACAAGGCCUUCACCGGUCGUGAGUUUGACGACCUCGCUCCGUAUGAUCAAAAGACCGCUGUCCGCAAGGCUUGCUGCUUCGCUCGCGUGGAGCCGUCCCACAAGUCCAAGAUCGUGGAGUUUCUGCAAGGCUUUGAUGAGAUUACCGCCAUGACCGGUGAUGGAGUGAACGAUGCCCCCGCCUUGAAGAAGGCGGAAAUUGGCAUCGCCAUGGGCUCUGGCACCGCCGUUGCCAAGUCUGCCUCUGAGAUGGUCCUGGCCGACGACAACUUCUCCUCCAUCGUGUCUGCCGUUGAGGAGGGCAGAGCGAUCUACAACAACAUGAAGCAGUUCAUCCGCUACCUCAUCUCCUCCAAUGUAGGCGAGGUCGUCUGCAUCUUCCUGACCGCUGCCCUUGGUCUGCCCGAGGCCUUGAUUCCUGUUCAGCUGCUGUGGGUCAACCUUGUGACUGACGGUCUGCCCGCUACUGCCCUGGGCUUCAACCCCCCUGACCUGGACAUCAUGGGCAAAGCCCCCCGUUCCCCCAAGGAGCCCCUCAUCUCUGGCUGGCUCUUUUUCAGAUACAUGGCUAUUGGAGGUUAUGUUGGUGCUGCAACGGUGGCAGCUGCUGCCUGGUGGUUCCUGUACUGUGAUGAAGGUCCGAUGGUCACUUUCCACCAGCUGUCCCACUUCAUGCAGUGCAGCGAGGACAACGAGGACUUUGCCGGCAUCCACUGCGAGGUGUUUGAGGCCGCUCCUCCAAUGACCAUGGCUCUGUCUGUGCUGGUCACCAUUGAGAUGUGCAACGCCCUCAACAGCUUGUCUGAGAACCAGUCCCUGGUGCGCAUGCCCCCCUGGAGUAACGGCUGGCUGGUGGGUGCCAUGAGCCUCUCCAUGUCCCUCCACUUCAUGAUCAUCUACGUCGACCCCCUACCCAUGAUCUUCAAACUCACCCAUUUGAACGUGGAACAGUGGAUGAUGGUGCUCAAGCUCUCCUUCCCGGUCAUUCUCAUCGACGAGCUUCUCAAGUUUGUGGCCCGCACGUAUCUGGAGGGGAAAGUCUAACGGCAAAGUGCAACUGAACUACGGUGAAGACGAAGAGAGAAAAGGCAGAGCGUGCCAACUGUCACUUAAAGUGAUCGCCAAAAAACUGUUAAAAGAAAAACAUGAAC